CUUCAGCCAGUAGCUGUCCGCCUGCGACUGCGAGCGUAUCCUCCAGCGGAGACUGCUGGCACUACAGCAGAGACUGGCCGAGUAGGAGACAUGGCGUGGAUCGCAACAGUGCUGCUUUUAGUGACGGUGACAAGCGCCAGCGCAUCUGUUAUUGGCAUACCACGGGGAACCUCCACGUCGCUGGGAUCUGGUGGAGAAGACUACAGGGAUGGCUUCCACGCGGCGGCUGGCCUGAUGGAGGACGCCGCAGCUGACGGCCUGGGCUACAUGUCCGGUGUCCGACUCUACUCUGGGGUGUCAGAGGGUGACAGCGGCUUCAGCACCGCGGCCAGAGGAGCUGGAGAAGAAGCUGCCAGAGCCGGUCGCAGGGUGGUCCGUCAGAAACCUCCAGGCACAGUGUACGACCAUAUUUUCAACAUCCCAAAGACGGUGCUACGUACUGUGAACCAGGGGUUGAACAACAGACAAGCCGCUCUGAUGGAGGGUAAUCGCAGAGCCCCGAGUCGAAAUAGGCGGCUCAACUCCAACCGCACCAGCCGCCGGAGGGCCACGGGCUCGCGGCGUUCGGGGGCUGCAUCCAGGAGAGGCAGGCGUCCUGUCAACUACGAUGACAUCUUCAACAUACCUAUUUCUACGCUGGAUUCAGUAAAUCAGCUCCUGAAUAAUGUGGGCUGACAACAAAAUCUUUAUGGUCAAGACAUAACAAAUUAUGUACACACCACAUGUCAGGUGUCAUGUGAUUGCUUGUUUACAUAUUUCAGACAUAUAAUAAUGGUGAUACUAGAUUUUAAAUCACUAGCAAUGUUUCUAACCUUUUUAUGUUCCAGAAUAUUUAUUUGCAUAUUUCUAUUGUACUUCAGAAUAUAUAAAAUAUGCUGAAUAAAUACACUGUUUCCAUAUA